UCUGCCCUCACAAAAUACAGAAACGCGGCUUCUGCGCAUAUCUCUCUCUGAGGAAAGAAAAGAAAACGGAGAGAAAACCCAGGAGAGGAAAAUACAUGAAUUUGCAGAAAAAGGGGAUUUUUCUGCAAAUCCUCGCCUCUGGUAAUCUCUAACAGUCAUGAAGAAUCGAAGGAGACGAGAUGUAUUACCAUGGAACAGGUUCUUCUGGUGCACCGUCACCAUCUGCUUAUCGUGCGCACUCUUCUCCACCUUCACCCUCUCUACACUUCGCCAAUAUGGAGUUUCAUUUCGGCCGGUUCUUAUCUCUUCGUGGCGGAAUCCGUCCAUGAACGCCGUUAACGGUGAAUAUUUCUCCAGAAAAAGGACGUUUAGUCCGCCUUCCGUCAGGAUCCAAGAAACGGUGGUUUUCCCAGAUCAGGUCCUUAUAUUCCUAAAAUACCCUCCGAGCGUCCCCCUAUUUACCAAGUCCGACGACCUUCAGUGCGUCUGCCUCCCGCCCGACCCCUCCCAGCCCGAGAUGAAGCUGCCCCUGGUCUCGAUCGACGGCCUGGAUCAUCCCAAUCUCCAGAUCGUGCGGUGCCCCCUCCCCCCACGCGGCUUCCUUGUGUCCCUGUCCUGGAAAGGGCAGCGUCACCUGCCCACCAAGCCUACCCGUAGCUGGGACUCGAUCGCGUACGAAGCGCUAGUCGACGGGGAUAACACGACCGUUGUAUUCGUCAAGGGCCUCAAUCUACGGCCAGAAAGGCUAGCCGACCCCUCCAGAUACGAGUGCGUCUACGGUUGGGAUUUCUCAAGCCCGAAAUUCCUCUUGAGCUCAGACGCUCUCACCGUAGCUCAGGAAAUAGUCCGGUGCACGACCCCAUUAAUUUUAUUGAAACAUCCUAAUAAGCUAAGCGGUAUUAAGGUGUCUGUUAGAGCCAAAGGCAGUAAAGGGUUGUUGUUCUCUUCAUUAGCCCGGCCGGAAUUGCGGCUGUUAUCUGACACACACGGCGGUGGCAGCCGCCGGCAGAGGCCGCAUGACAUGUGUGUAUGCACGAUGGUGCGGAACCAGGCGCGGUUCCUCACAGAGUGGGUCAUGUACCACACCCACAUCGGCGUGGAACGUUGGUUCAUCUACGACAACAACAGCGACGAUGAGAUCGAUGAUGUGAUUGUAUUGUUGGAUUCAUUGAAUUACAAUGUUAGCCGGCACAUGUGGCCUUGGCUCAAGACACAGGAGGCGGGGUUUGCACAUUGUGCGGUGCGGGCACGGGGAUUGUGCGAGUGGGUUGGGUUCAUUGAUGUGGAUGAGUUCUUAUAUUUGCCAUCAAACCUCACCUUGCAAGAUGUACUUAAAAACCAUACGGAUUUACCAUGGGUGGGCGAGCUGCGGACUGCGUGCCACAGUUUUGGGCCGUCAGGGCUCAGGCAAGUGCCCGAGAAAGGUGUCAUGGUGGGUUACACAUGCCGCAUGGUAUCACCUGAGCGGCAUAAGUCGAUUGUGCGGCCGGAGGCUCUUAAUUCUAGCCUAAUCAAUGUGGUCCACCAUUUUCACUUGAAGGAUGGAUUUGAGUAUGUGAACAUGGAGAGGGGAGUAAUGGUGAUUAAUCACUAUAAGUAUCAGGUGUGGGAGGUGUUUAAGGAGAAGUUUUACAGGCGGGUCGCAACAUACGUGGCAGAUUGGCAGGACGACGAGAAUGUGGGGUCCAAAGAUCGGGCCCCUGGGUUGGGGACGAAGGCGAUAGAGCCGUCAGAUUGGUCUAGCCGGUUUUGCGAGGUCACGGAUACCGGGCUUAGAGAUUGGGUGUUGCAGGUUUUGGUGGACAGUCGUAAUGGCCUUCUUCCAUGGGAACAAGUUAUAGAAAUACCAAUAGAUAGACAACAAGAAGAGGAAGAGAGAAAUAUAUGAUUGUAAGAUUGUUUUACCCUUUGAUUUUUUUUUUCUUUUUUUCUUUUUUCCUUGAUGUUUAUUGUAAUUCUAGAUAGAUUGAGAAACCAAAUUCUUUUGUAGAUAGAAAUGAUACAAUUCAUAGAACAUAAAAGAGUGGAGGCAUGUUUGGGAUUUUUUUUUUUAUUUUUUUUUUCUCUUUGCUUGGAGGCAUAUGUUUUCUUAUUUUAAUUUGAUUAUAUAUCUUUCAAUUUUCAUUU